UCUACAUUGUAGAAAAUGGUAAAAAUAAAGAAAAACUCUUAAAUGAAGGUGUCCAAACUUUUGACUGGUACUCUAGAUUGGUACCCACUCUCUUCAGCGUAGACCAUCGCCACCCAUGUACCCCUCAUUGGCUGUGGUGAACGUUUGGCGUGAGUGUCACUGUUUACCACUCCGCCUCUCCACGGAAUACCUGGUGGCCUCUGAACAAUAGAGCCAGGGAAUGUUGCUGUGUUUCAGCGUGCGCGUGUGACCGAGACAGGGAGGGUGUACUAGGUAGACCGGUGACUCACUAAUACCGACACUCCUUAAUCCAUGUAGUUUGGCCGUAUUUAGAGGUUGAUGAGGAAGGAUAGGUGUUGCCAUAACAGACUCAUAGAGGUGAGGAGGGUUACACAGGAGAGACAAGCCGGUUCAGAGCGACUGGGUUCAUCUGAGAGAAGGAAGGAGAAGACACACAGGGAUACAGACAGAACCCAACAACCCGUUCCAACAAACUCCUACCUGGCUAUGACUGACGUCCUCCCCGGCAGCCAUGCCAGAACUCCAGAGCCAGAGCUCCGCCUGGUCCUCCUCGGGACCAUCGGCUGUGGCAAGACCCUGUCAGGAGACACCCUCCUGGGCCAGUCCUCCUCCGGCUCUCCUUCCUCCUCUGGUUCUUCCCCCAGGCUUUGCCAGCUGAGGCCUGGGGUCUCCGAGGGCCGGAGGUUGACUGUGGUGGAGGCCCCUCGCUGGUACUGGAGCGGGGGCCACAUGGAGGCUGGGGUGAGGAAGGAGACAGAGAGGGUACUUGAGCUGGCUGCCCCGGGGCCACACGCCUUCCUGCUGCUGGUUCCUGUCGGCCAGUUCACCGAGGUGGAGCACAGAGUGCCCGCUGAGCUGGAGGAGGUAUUUGGGGAGGGUGUGUUGAAACACACCCUGGUGCUGUUCACCUGUGGAGACUACCUGAUGGGCCAGGGGGCGGGGCAGUACCUGGAGGGAGAGGACCCUGGGCUCAGGGAGGUGAUUGACAGGUGUGGGGGCCAAUACCACGUCCUCAACAACCGCCGACCGCAGGACAGGGAGCAGGUCAGGGAGCUGUUGGAGAAGGUGGAGAACAUGGUACAAAAGAACAGAGGAUGCUACAUACGACAAAACACCCUGCAGAGAGAGAUGAAAGAACAAGCGAGGGGGAGAGAGAGAGAACUGAAGGAGAAGGUGGAAGAACAAGCGAGGGGGAGAGAGAGAGAACUGAAGGAGAAGGUGGAAGAACAAGCGAGGGGGAGAGAGAGAGAACUGAAGGAGAAGAGACACGCAGAUAUUGUGGAAGCCAGAAAAGAGAGGUUACACCUAACUCUGCUAUAG